AACAUAAUAGUCGUGAUGUUUAUUUUUCUUCUGACAGCUGGUUUGGGUACAGCCGCUGGACUCGUAGGUGUAUGUUUGGCUGGAUGUGAUGUCACAAUGAAUGUUGUUUUUUUCACCUGCUCUCUCGCUAUUGGUGGAUUUUGUUAUUCUGGCUACAUGGUGUCACAUUUAGAUUUAUCACCUGAAUACGCAGGUACAUUGAUGGGUAUAGCAAAUACGAUAUCAAACUUAACAGGAUUCUUGGCACCGUCUGUGGUUGGAGCUCUUACUGAAAAUUCG